GGAAGCUUCUCCCAAACGCUUCCGCCUUGCAAAGUAAAAUGUAACGUUAGUAGAUUUGAGUGUAGUUACAAUUUCUAAGCACAUCGUUUAAAAAUUGGAUAAAAAACAUUAGACAAAAUUAGAGAAAAUGUUUUCUGGGAGUAAAGUAUCAAACGACAACGGCCUUUGGCCAUGCAUUGGAAUAGCAGCUCUCAACGUCAACAGCAGCUCGAGCGGGUUUGGUCGCAAGCCACUGGUAAUACCAGAACCGAAAGCCCAGAACCAGUUGACAGGGAAUGUUCUCCAGGGAUCGGUACCAUCCUCGCCUGAGACGGAAUGCGAGGAAAUAAAUGAUUACACUUCCAGCUACACCGCUCUGGAAAUGGACACGCGACAGAUUAUUGACAGUUUCUUAAAAAGCUUUACAGGACUCCCUCAUUCUAAAAAUGGGAAAAAACAUGUUCUGUCUACGAUGAAGCGGGUUGUGGACAGUCUCGUUGUGAAGCACGAACUGGCUUACAAAGGUUUGUUUGCACGGCUGAAUCUGGAGCAGAAAGGAGAAGAUGUGAGUUUUGUCAAGACCGUGGCAACAGAACUCUUCAGCGAUGGCAUCACAAACUGGGGUCGCAUUGCCAGCCUGCUGACUUUUGCGGCAUUGGUAUCCAAGUUUCAAAAUGAUAGAGGACUUAGCAAGUGUGUGACUCUGGUGGGGGAAGAGAUCUCUUCCUAUCUUCUCACAGACCAACAGAACUGGCUGCUCAAAAACAAAGCAUGGGAUGGCUUUGUGGAUUUUUUUCAUGUCCCGGAUACAGAGGGAGCUGUGAGAAACACAUUGAUGGCCAUUGGAAGUGUUGCAACAUUAGGAGCUGCACUUGCUUAUUUAAUACGGUGAAUCCAAAAGGACUUUGUGACCGAUAUUGAAAAACAAAGGACUCAAAGUGAACUUUUUUUUUUUUUGGUUUUCUUGGAAACAUCGAAGAGAAAUCAGUUUGCUUUUUAGUUUCAAUAUUUUGUCUUUUUUUGGAUCUCAAAUGUAUAUAAAAACUGGUUCAAAUCAAAAACUAUUUUUUUAUUAAAACGUAAACUUUAAAAUGUUCAGAUCACAAUUGCUGAUGUGCAUGUAACACAUUUAUAGCCAGUUGUUUUGUGCAGUUUACACCAGAAUCACAUGUUAAAUUGUCAUUACACAUCCAGCAGUGUUUUGUAUGCUAGAGAAUGAUAUACUUGGCUAAAUCGGGAAUUUUGAAAAAGCUGUACAUUAAAAGUCACAAUUAUUUGAUGCAACCGAUUCUUUAAAAGUGUAAUGAGCCAUUUUAGUACAACACCUUCACAAUUUCACUUAGUUUCAGGAAUAUUCUUUUGCGAUUAUAGUGCACAUGUAUAGCACAGAUAAUUUUAGGUGCUGGCUUUGGCUUGAAGUAAGCUUUAAAGCUUUUUUUUCUAAAAGCUUAUGGUGGUUCUGUUUUUGAGUCCUAAGCUUAGGACUAUGAUAGCCAACCACAAGGCUGCUAAAUGUUUUAAAUGUUUUCAUUGCAGAUAGACAUUUUAGAUACACUUGAAGUUUGAGAAGGCCAUUGAUUUGAGAAUGAUCAUUGAUCCUUUUCUGUGAAUAAUGUUUUCCUAACUGCAAAUUAAACCUUGUUUUAAUAUUCUUAGUUAAUGAAUCCCUCACCACAGUUAAAUGUGGGCUAGGUAAAGUCCAAACUGUAUGUGCUUUUAGCUAAUCAUCUGUAGCUUCAAAGGUUUGCUAGCUUUUCAUCUGUAGCUAUGUAACUUGUGCAAAUGGUUAACGAGUUUACAGUUUCUGUGUAUGCUCUUAUUGAGGCUUUGUGAAAAAGGCUGCACUGUGCUGUGGAUAAAUUUUAGGAAGUUUAUCAGAGUCCCAAAGAAACUCACUUCGAACACAAUUCAAGGUGGGAGGAGGGGAAUUCCUGUAUCUUAUUUCAAAGAGUUGAUAUUGUUUGAUUAGUCAUGUUGUUAAGUCACACUGUACCAACUGUAGGACCCACGCAUCUUAAUACUAAAUAUACAUCCCCCUUACCAUCUUUCUAGCUUUUGCCAUAAAUUAUUUGUAAUCAAAUCUACCAGCCACUGAUGUUAUGAUUAUCUGUACGACUGAGUAUCUUGACUGUAAUCCUGGCUCAAAAUAUAUUUUUGUCACCUAUAA